AUGCAAGCCAUCAAUUUCAUGGAUGUUUGCGAUGUCUCAGCUCAGCGCCAGAGCUCGUUGAGGCAUUUUUGCGGUUGGAUAGAGAGCGGAAGCGGAUCCAGCGAGCGACUCACCGGCUAUUCAAUCAGUGGUCGGCUGAAAGAGCGAGAUGGCCGUUCUGCGGCAUUCGCGAACCGAAGCCUGGGACAAAGAGCGGCCCGUAGUCCUCCUACAUUGCUCUUCAAAUGUCCAGUUAUCAAGCAGUCCGAGGGUGAUGUCUACAACGGUUGA